GUAAUCUUAAAAGGGCGGUAGUGACGUCACGUGACGCCGCGCAGGAAGGGGCGGAGCUUCAGUGCAGCUGAGCUACGUGUUCUAAUCACACUGCUAGCGGUUCAUUCAUCACUGGAGACAUGGUGUUAUUAGAAAACGACGCGUUUCUGACUGAACUCACUCGGCUGUUCCAGAAGUGCAGGACCAUCGGAAGCGUCGUCAUCACUUUAAAGAAAUAUGACGGCAGAACAAAGCCGGUCCCCAGAAAAGGUCAUCCAGAGACGUACGAACCGGCCGACAACAAAUGUCUCGUCAGAGCAUCGGACGGCAAGACCAGGAUCAGCACAGUGGUCAGCAGCAAAGAAGUUAUAAAAUUUCAAAUGGCGUAUUCAAAUUUGUUGCGAGCGCACAUGGACGGCUUGAAAAAGAAAGACAAAAAGAGUAAAAGCAAGAAAACUAAAGCCACAUAGUGACGGACCGUAAAGGAGAGGUGUGUAAAUCAGUGCCACGCCACCUUCCCAUGAUCCUCUGCGGCGGGCGGCUCUGCGCCUGAAAACCUGCCAACCUUGCGCUUCUGCAAACCAAGCGGACCGAUGACGCAGAGCUACGUUUACGACUAAAUCCUAGGUUUAAUGAGCGUUUCUGACCUCUUCAGGUGGAGAUGAGAUGCGGUGUCCAUUUCAUUUUGAUUUCAAAACAGUGUUUUAUACGAUGAGUGAGUGAACAUUCUCCUCCUGUUGUAAUAACAUUUCAGUUCUCUGUUUUUAUUUUGAACGUUUUUCUCAUUUUAUUGAAGGAGAUGAUAUUUUUAAGUUUGAAAGACUUUUUUGAAAUUUCUUAUUUGGCCGUAACAAAAGCACCCGUGUAGAUUUGCAAAUAAAAGAUAAGAUUUAUUCAUUUA